CUUGUCCAUCACUGGACACAGAGAGUUCUCUUUAAUUUAACAAGGUGGCCCUUUAAAUGCUACUAAAACAGACAAACAGCCCAUUUUAAGACUCUCAGCUUAAAUAAUGGCGCAGCUGCAGGCCCAUUUGCAGCUCCACAACCACCGCCAGCGUCUCCUAGUCGGAUAGAGCGAAGGACUUUGAGUGACUGCGGGGUUGCGCCUUGCUAACGUUACGCAGCUGCUGUCUGUAACCAAAGCUAGUCGGCUAUCUAACAUUAGCUGAAGCGGCUCCGCUUGCCAUAUGAUAUAGACCCUCACUGUACAGGGACAGACCUCAGCAGACAGCGACUGGUUCCGCUAAAUAACUCCAUACCGCUGAAAUGGACAAAGAAGAAGCAGACCGGCUGAUAGAGAAGGCCAAGCUGUGUUUACGGUCAGGACGGAAAGAUCGGGCGUUGCAGCUGCUAUAUGAGGCGCAGAAUAUUUAUCCCAGCACCCGGGCCAGAGUGCUGAUCGAUGCCAUACUGAGGAAUGGAGGCAGUGCAGCUCCAGAAACAAACCACGUGCCCCCACCAACAGGAUGGCGAGAUGAGGACAUUGGAACCAGUGAAACAAAUAAUGCAAGUGGUGACGAAAAGAAGAGCUACACCGAGGAACAACGCCAAGGUGUUCUCAGGAUAAAGAAUUGUAAGGAUUUUUAUGAGAUUCUUGGUGUGCACAAAAGUGCCAGCGAUGAAGAUUUGAAGAAGGCCUACAGGAAGUUGGCUCUGAAGUUUCACCCGGACAAGAACUUUGCUCCAGGAGCCACAGAUGCUUUCAAAGCAAUAGGUAAUGCAUAUGCAGUGCUGAGCAAUCCAGAGAAGAGGCAGCAGUAUGAUCAAUAUGGAGAUCAGUCUGCAGCUAUGAAUGCACCCCAGCAACCCACCCACAGUCGGCACGGCCACUACCGCAGCUUCCACAGAGACUUCGAGGCCGACAUUUCCCCCGAGGAGCUCUUCAACAUGUUCUUCGGAGGAAGGUUUCCCACAGGAAAUAUCCACGUGUACACCAACCAGGGAGCCUCCUACUCGCAGUUCUAUCAGCCUCGUCGUCGACGUACUCAUGAAAGGCGUGAGGAGGUGGUGGAGGACAACCAGAGUCAGAACACCUUCACAGCUCUUCUGCAGCUUCUCCCCGUGUUGGUGCUAAUCCUCAUAUCAGUGUUUACUCAGAUGAUGGCCACUAACCCGCCCUACAGUCUCUUCUAUAAGCCAGCCAUGGGGCUUGUGGUGUCCAGGGAGACGCAGCACAUGGGUGUUCCAUACUAUGUCGACAAGAGUUUUGAGAAGGAAUACCGUGGAGCUGCACUGGAGGAGCUAGAGAAAACCAUCGAGAACGACUACAUCGAGCACCUGCAAAGCAGCUGCUGGAAAGAAAAACAGCAAAAAUCAGACUUGGCAAACCUCGGACAGCUGUACCGAGACGAACGGUUAAAGCAGAAGGCGGAGACAAUGAGGCUGGAAAACUGUGAGAAACUGCAUCGAUUGGUUGGGCGUCAGAGAGUAAAAUGAGGACUGUUUGAGAGGAGAAAGUGUUUCUUUACAGACUUUACAAUAAUGUAUUUUACCUAAUUGUGUAAUUGAUCCAAUCUGGCCACUUUGUGAAGAAAUCUCUUUGGGCACAGCACAGCCAGUGGGAGCUUAUGCCGCUGGAAACGAUGUGCCUUCUCUCCUCGUUCGAUGGUAGAAAAUGAAAUUGCAUGUUAGCUGCCGGCCCUAGCUGUGGUGGCAGCGGCGACAGGUGCAGAGUCACUGUGGCGGCGUGUGUGAUGUCUCAGAGCCUUUAAACUUUCUUAUAGAAAUGGCAUGACAUAAGGGGGCUCCCUUUGGGGUUACAAAGGCAGUUGUAUGUUCACACAUACAUGUUUUAUCUGGUUGGGGUUUGUAGUUGUAUUUAUUUUGGAUGUUUCUGUGUCCUUGCUCAAAUUUUAGGUGUAUUUAUUUAGUAGACGAUAGAGUGAAUGUUACUUGAGCACCUUGGCUCAUCCUUUUCUUUUUCCUCUUAGAAAUGAAGUACAGUAUACUGUAGUCUUUGGACAAAUCUGAGAGCUGUGAAAUGACAGAGCACCUUUUUAUUUAUGAUUUAAAACAUAGACAAAUCACUCAGUUGGACCUCAAGCAACAGGAGGCACAGUAAAGUUUUACAGAACAUGCAGUUUUCUGUUUGUGCUGCCAAAAACGGAGCUGCUUCCUGCAGCAGAGCUUCGAGCUCGCUGCAUUAGUGCUUGCAUAGGUGCUUAUUUUGUUGUGUUGGUCAUUUAGGAGGGGCAGUUCAGUGCUUCCUGCUAUAAAUGGGAAUCACCACUAUAAGCAGUUUGUAUAGUUUCAUGGGAUUUAAAUG